UGAGCGAGGGAUACAAAGAGCUUCCAAGCAGCCCUGCAGCUCAACUCUUCUUCUGUUUUUAUUGUGAUGAAAAAAUUGCUUGCACAGGGCUUCUGCUUUGCAGCUCUUCGGAGCCUCUCAUUGCAACAUUCUCUGAAGAGCUGAAAAAGCAUAGAGGAAGCACAGCAGCGGAGGUAUCAUAUCAUGUCCUCUUCUAAUGGCCUCAGGUCCCUGAGGCAGGUGUUUCUUUUUGGAAUAGUAUUGGCAUCCAAGGUCCUGAGCUGUCCACCAAACUGCACUUGUCAGUACCUGGAAGUGAACUGCACAGGAAAGCAGCUGCAGGAGUACCCCCUGACCAUUCCACUGGACACAAGACAGCUAAUUCUGGCUACCAACAACAUCUCCUAUCUGCCCUCUGUGGAGCUGAACUUCCUAACUGACUUGGUCUACCUGGACUGCAGGGAGAACCACAUUGGGGACGACCUGGGUUUCACCUUCAUCAGUGUCGUCAAGCUUGUGUACUUGGACCUGAGCGCCAACAACCUCACACGUGUCACUUUUACCAGUUUCUCUCAACUCACCAACCUGGUGGUGCUGAAACUCUCGGACAACCCAAAUUUGGUGGAGAUUGAGAAGGAUUCCUUUGCCAAUAACAGCUGGCUGAGGCACCUGGAUGUGAGCAGAACAGGCUUAACUUUCUUGGAUACCAGCACAGUCAGUGAUCUGCCCAAUCUGAAGUCCCUGGGUCUAAGUGGAAACCCUUGGAACUGUAGCUGCUCUUUCUUGGAAUUCAGUAUCUGGAUAAAAGAGAGCGGCCUUAAUUUCCCAGAUGCUGAGAACAUCUCCUGCUACAGCCCAUCAGAGCUACGUGGCUGGCCAGUGCCUGAUGUGGAGACACAACUCCACUACAUAUGUCUCACCCACUUAUACCAGUGGGACUAUAUCUUCCUGGGUCUAGUUGGCUUCUGCAUAUUCUCUGCUGGCACUCUUGCAGCCUGGCUGGCUGGCAUUUGUGCAGUGUUAUACGAAUUCCACACAGCUACAGGGGAAGACGAUGCAGAUGAAGAGGAAGAGGAAGAGGCAUCCACUUAUCACUGACCUUUGAAGUCCUUGUGAAAGCCUCUGCUAGCUGUACAUUUACUUUGGUCCCUCUCUCCCUUUCCCAACCUCACCUCCCUCUCCAGAUGUGAUUUUUGUAAACCAAAAUAUAAUUGAAAGAAUACAAAAU